CGAUAACUUUUGCAACGUAGGAAUGCACAGAUUCGUCAAAACUGUUUUGUCGUGACAAUGAAGAAGAUUGCAACACUUAAAAAGAUUGAAAUUCCAUGGCACAAUCUAUAAACUUUAUCAUGGACCCCCAGGGAAAUGAUCAUGCAGCUGGUUUAUCAGCGAAUGCAGCAGUAUUUAUACCUCGUAAUUAUGGCCCUCCGAUUGGGACAGCACCCAUACAAACAAUACCUACUUAUAUGACCAACUGCUUUCCAUUUGUACAGCCAGAUUUCAAUGGAAACAGACUUGGUGGAAACCAUGGCAACUGGUCCAAACAUCAAAGACCAAACAGAUUUGGAAAUAGAAACAAUUCAGGUCACAACGGAAACAGAUUUCCUACUCCAAACAAAUUUUCAGAACCACCUUUGUUCCCAUUCUCCUCACCACCACCACAUCAAGAUCCAUAUUACAAUCAGUUCAUGCCACCUCCAAAUAAUUAUCUCAUCAAUAAUAUGACAUCACUUCCUGUCAUGCCCAGUGAGGGUGAAAAUGAUAUCAACAGCAAUUAUUUCCCAUCAACCAGCAGACGCAGACGAAAUCAAAGAGACAAAAACAGUAACAAUAAUAAUAAUAAUGUAUGGAGAUCUAACGAGAGUAUCGGAACAGAUGAUAGUGGGAGGAAAACAGAGAGUUCUAAUAGACAGCGAAGAAGAACAAAUUCAGGCAAAAAGGGAGGAGCUAAGAAUGAUUCUCCGAGAGCUCCUGUUUUAGUUCUGUAUGAGCGGGAAAUACAAACAGAUUUUUCUGAGAACUUUGCCUAUAAGACUUUAGAAGAGCACCCUAGUUCAUUAUAUCGUAAAUCACAUAGAAGGAAUAUACAUGACAAUAGAGAUCUUAAUUCAGACAGUGGUUACUCAAGUCCACUUCAUAAAAGAAACCAGAUAACUAUUGGUACACAAUCUGAUUCUACACUGUCAAUGACCAUGACCUCUAAUUCUAUCCAAUCAGAUGAUCCAUCUAUAGUUCAUGCUGCAACUGUUCCGCAGCAAAAGUUUUCCUAUGCUUUCAUUGCUCAAAAAGAACCUAGUCCAAGACCUGUGAUAAACCAAGAUAAUCAGAAUAGUGCAGAAAACUUAAAAACAGGACAACAAAAAUCAUCAAAUAAUCAAAACAGAAACAAACAAAAUCCUGGAAACAGAUCACAUGAUUCUCAAUUAGCCAAUAGAAACACUUCUAAUCCUGGAAACAGAUCACAUGAUUCUCAAUUAGCCAAUAGAAACACUUCUAAUCCUGGAAACAGAUCACAUGAUUCUCAAUUAGCCAAUAGAAUCACUUCUAAUACAUAUGAUUUAAAUAAUCAACAUAUCAACAAACAAGCCAACAAAAAAUCAGAAGUAAGGAAUAAAUUUCAGGGAGACAUACAAACAAAACAAAAUCAGGUGAAACAGAUGGGAAAGAUAAACUCUGAUGAAGAAACAAGAGGCUUCUCCAGGAAAGGAACUACUUCCAUAGAUGAAAAUGAUUAUGGAUUUUCAAGGACUAAAAAUUUACGCAGUGAAAGAAAACAAUCACAUGAAUCAAACUUUAAUAAAAACAAUCUGCAGGAGGGCAAUAAGAGUGAAACGGGACAGAAUUUAGAAACAGAAGGUGAGAGUGGAACACAGGGAAAAAAGAAACGUAGACGACGAAGAAAACGGAAAAAGAAGAACCCAGAUGACCCAGCAGAUUCUCAAGAUGAGGCUGAAUAUGAACCACAACAGGAAGUGGAACUACAUUUUGAAGAUGUGGAAGAAUUCCCUGACUUGAGUAGUGCUAAAGCUUUAAACAAUAAGUCUUCAGGAGUAGGAAUAUCUUAUAGUGCCAUUUUACAGACUGUGCCUGUUAGCAGGCCUUCUUUAGUAGAAACAAAUAAAACAAGUUCCUCUGAAGAUUCUCCAAGGAAAGAUAACUCUAGUCUGGAAGACAAGGGAACAAGAGCCAGUAGACGAAGAAGGAAGAGGAAAGAUAUACUCAACACGGCAGCUGAGAAUGAACUGGCUGAGAUAGGUCUAGAACAGCAAAUGUUGAAAGAACAAUGUCUAAAAACCACAGGACAAAAAAGUAACAAAGAAGAGAAAGGACAGACACCAGGAAUAUUAAAAGUUAAUCCAAAAACUCAGAAUUCUGGGAAAAAAUCAAAACAAAAUGUAUCAUUAGAUCUUGGGGCAGUAAUUGAUGCGCUAGAGCAAAAAAAGACGACAAUUAGCUUAACAUCUGCCGCUAGGAUAGAACAAAAAGUCAAAACAGAACAACCAAAGAAAAAAGAAGUACAGAAAUCCAAAGGAGGUCACAAUGUAUUAGAUGCCAGUGCUCCUAUCAAACGUGGAAAAGAAAGAGAAACACCAAAGGCAAAGAAACCUAGUCCAUUGAAAAAGGUAAUAUUGAAAGAGAGAGAAGAAAAGAAACAUUUAAAGAUGUUAGAAGGAACAGAAUCUGGAUCAACAGAAGCAGCUGUUGGUAUUGGUGUUGUGAGUGCUGAAAGUGACCUGUCUCAAGAUGCCAUGAGUACAAAGAGUUCAAUUGAAUACACUGGUACCCCAGGAAGUGCCAACCUGUCUCCAGUCAGUCAGACUUCACCUAUCAGCAUGAGUCCACUGUCUCCAGGAACCAGUCCAUUAAGUUCAGAGGUCAAUAGUCCUAUAGCAGGGGCAGUUGGGAAGGAUGUGGUUAAAAAGAUACACAGCAGAAGAUUUAGAGAAUAUUGUAAUCAAGUCUUAGAUAAAGAUAUUGAUGAAUGUGCCACCACCUUACUACAAGAUCUGGUCAGAUUCCAGGACAGAAUGUACCACAAAGAUCCCUCUAAGGCAAAGUUAAAACGAAGACUGGUGCUUGGUUUAAGAGAAGUUGCAAAACAUUUGAAAUUAAGGAAGAUAAAAUGUGUCAUUAUUUCACCAAAUCUGGAAAAAAUACAAUCAAAAGGAGGGCUAGAUGAUGCUUUGAACAACAUCUUGACGUUAUGUAAUGAACAGAAUGUCCCGUUUGUAUUUGCCUUGGGAAGACGAGCACUUGGUCGUGCAUGUGCUAAAAUGGUGCCAGUUAGUGUUGUAGGAAUAUUCAACUUUAGUGGCUCUGAGGAGAACUUUAAACAGCUGAUAGAUUUGACGGCCAAGGCCAGGGAAUCUUACGGAGAAAUGGUGGCUGCCAUUGAGAUAGAGAUCAAAGAGUAUCCGAUGAAGAAACAACAAGCCACUACACCACACGUGUUUGCUCACAUGGGCCACUCACGCACACCCUCAGGAGCUAGUGUCCUGUCCUUUACUAGUAGUAUCUUAUCUGAACCUAUCUCCGAGAACUACCCUCACUCGGAGCCAGAGACAGAUAGUAAAGGCUAUGAAAUAGUUAAAGAUGAUGCAUUAAUCAAACAGGGAUUACCCACUGAUUCCUCAGGGUACCAGACUCAGAUGAGGAUUAUUCAUUCUAAUACCAAAGACGAUGAUGGGAAUGAGGCUGACAAUGAGGAGGAGGGCGACAGAAUCAACCGUGACGAGAAUCAGGACGCUUUACCACACAUUGAUUCUAUACAUACAAGUGGUGCACAUGAUCUCAACACAGAAAUCCUCUCACAACAUUCAGGACGCACGCUGGAAAACUGUGAAGCAAUGUCUACUCAUUCCUCCAGAACGUUAGGUGAUGGUAGCUCAACCAUUCUAGCAGAUUUUGGCGAUCGGUCAAAACAUGGCACACCAAAAAGUACGGAAAGUCCCAGUAAUACGUUACAAAGAGGGAAAGUUGUUGAUGAAGAACGGAUACAACAUUGGGUCGAUGAGACAAGUUCUAGGUUAGAGAAUUUAGCCUUGGAAGAAGAGAGUUACGAGGAUAGUACUGAUGAAAUGACAGAUAGUGACGAGUCAGAGGAAAAAUAUAAUUUUGAAAUGCAUAAUGACGAUAGUAAAAAAAGAAUAAUUGAUUGUUCUGCUGGUGAAUCAGAAAAUAAAAAUAACGAAGUGUUGGAAAAUUGUAAAAAGUUGUGUGAUAGUAAAACGGAUAUGGAAAAAGUUAGUGAAAAGCUUCUAAAAAUAGCUUCCGAUAGUUGUGAUGGCGAACAUGUGAAUGCCCUACCCAACAGUUGUGAUAUUGUAAAUAGUUCAGAUAAUUCAAUGGUGGAAAUUGAUUCUAAAAACUGUUCAGAAAAAUCUGAUAUUGAGGAUUCUAAUCCCCUUUCUGAAAACUGUAAUAUGGCUGAUUGUAAAAUGAGAACAGAUAAAGCCAGCUCAGACAUGACAGAUAUUAGUACUUGUGAUGCAAUGCAGUCCUCUGAUCAACAAAAUGUUAUUGCCGAUAGUGAUACAACCAAAGACCUUACUAGAGACACAAACUUAGAUAAGAACACAACUGCACCUACAAAUGUUGAAAUCCACUUUGAUUAAAUUAAAUUCUGCAUGUUGUUUGUAGGUUUUAAU